UAUACAUGCCACGCAGGCGCGUGCGCACACAGGAAGUAAUUCCAUUGCGGCCGGAAAUCAGUGCACAGCCAUCCACAGAGGGGGCGGUACGUGCUGCGAAUAAGACGAGCGUGACGUGCUGGGCCGAGACGGAAGGACAGAUCGACGGGAUCAUGAAGCCCGCUGUGGACGAGAUGUUCCCCGAGGGAGCUGGACCCUACGUAGACCUGGAUGAGGCGGGGGGCAGCACGGGCCUUCUGAUGGACCUUGCAGCCAAUGAGAAGGCUGUCCAUGCGGAUUUCUUUAAUGAUUUCGAAGAUCUUUUUGAUGAUGAUGAUAUCCAGUGAAAUGAUUUCCAGCUAUGGGAAACCCAAGAUGUUAAGUCUUUGUUUUGUAGCAAUAGUGUGAAUACCCUUUUAUUUAAUCAAAAGACUGUAUAUGAUCUCUAAAGAACUUCUGGAAGUCACUCAGAAAGUUGGGACAUGGUUAACCAAGAAAGGAAAUUAAUUAUGGGAAAAAAAGGUGGCCAUUAAGAAGCUACUAAUAGAUAUCUUUUAAUAUCCGCUGUUGUCAUUGUUUGAAUAAAUAUGAAAAACUUUUUA